CUUAAUUAGUGGCGGCAUAUGUACUAACUGGUCGUAAUUAGUACAGCUUCGCUAAUUAAAGUCGUGCGCUAUGUCCACCACCAGCCGAUGAAUGCAAUUUCGGCAGCGUUGCCACUGCCAGCCGAAUCAGUACCGUUACAUCAUUUUGUAAUAGCGCUUAGAAAUGAGAGUGCUAACUGGUAUAAGUAAAAUUCAAAUUGAGCGAUUAAGGCAGAUCGAGCGAGUCACACUGUUUACUCGAAUUCAAACGAAAGCAAGCACGGGGCACUUUCUACGCUGUCCGGGAGCCAUCGUCGCAUGACGAUUGUUCACGCGUGUUCUCAAAUUAAGUGCGUAUGUCUCGGUUCGCCAGUGGAUUGUAUACCUGAAUGCUCCAAAUAUUUGCAGCCGCCGAAAUAAACUCCACACGACUUUGCCGCCAUGGAAAAACUCUGCUUUGAGAGGCUGGAGCAGAGCGUCGCGGUCUAUCAAUUAGCACCUGCCUCGUUCAGCACCUGCGUCGCCAGCAUCUGCGCCCCAUUGUGGCAUAGUAAGCUCCUCAAUUGUGGCCUGCGUCAGUCUCAGUCUCAAUCGAAACAUAGACGCGUACAAUACGUUCUCUCUCCCGUCUUAGGGGUAACUGUAAAAACCGAAAGUGGAAGUGCAGAGCAAAUAUAUUUAUAUAGUUAACCAUGUCCGCUCGCACACAUUCCACGCGCAUCUUGGCCGUCGUCGCCCUCUUCUUCAGCAGUUACAUCGUCGGAAUUUACAGCGCGGCGCGGACCAGCCUUCAGCUAGCUCCCCUGAAUGCGACUCGCAGCGAGAACAGCUCUCUGGAUGCACUGGACGCGACACUGGUCUCAGAGAGGAGCUUAGCGCGCAGCAGCUCGAGAAAUCCUCGCUGGUUUCCCUUCUACACGAUUGGACGCUUCUCCAAUGACAUUUGCUUGGGCAACAACCUGCUCAUGGGUACCUGCAUGAUAAACGGCGAGUGCAAGGACAACAAUGGCGUCGCAGCGGGCAGUUGCUCCACUAUAACCAAUCAGGCCGUGUGCUGCAUAUAUCAACGCACUUGUGGCGCCAGCACCAGCUUCAAUAACACCUACUUCUACAACAGCAACUAUCCGGCACCGUAUGCGGGCGGCGGUCGUUGCACCAUUGUUGUGACUCCGCCGGACUCAACAAUUUGCCAGCUGCGCAUCGAUUUCAUGGCCUUGUCACUGGCACCACCAACUGGCGAUGGCUUGUGCACGACAGACGCGUUGACCAUUUCGGGCGGCGCCUCGCAAGUGCCCACGAUUUGUGGAGAGAACUCGGGUCAGCAUGUCUAUGUGGACUUCAAUGGCGUCAGCCCCAUAACCAUUUCGGUGGCCACCUCGGCCGGUUACACGUUUAAUCGCAAUUGGCAACUCCAGCUGCGCAUGAUGGGCUGCACCUCGGCCACCUUGGCGCCCGCUGGCUGCCUGCAGUAUCACAUGACCUCCUCUGGCAAUAUUGCCAGCUUCAACUACGUGUCGGCUGCUUCCUCGGCGCUGAACUCCAUCGGAGUGCAGGGCACAAGGCAGCUGGCGGGCCUGCGCUACGGCAUCUGCAUACGGAAGGCCACUGGCGUCUGCUCCAUCACGUAUAGACAGGUGUCCUCCGAUGCAUACUCCUUCACGAUGACCAACGAUGUGGGCGCCGUGGAUCCCACGCUGCUGGCCACGUCAGCGGUGCAGAGCCAGGACUGCACCACGGACUAUAUCAUCAUACCAGCGCCAACGCAAGGUGGCACCAGUAUGCCCAGCGACCGGUUCUGCGGUUUGGGCUUGGUGGCCACGACAUCAGAGGCGAAGCCUUUUGUUGUCUACAGUGUGACGGACUCCAACGAGGAGAUGGACAUCUCGAAUCGAGGCUUCUACCUGGCCUACUCACAAAACCCCUGCCCCGUGCUGUAGUCGUAAAUGCUUGU